GUAACCCUGAACGUUUGUUUACAGAAAGUUCAGGAGCCCUGGAAAGGAGAAGGAAUAAGACGACAGGAGGACGAGAGAGAGAGGGUAGAAUGGAAGAAUCUCACUUCAAUUCUAACCCGUACUUCUGGCCUUCUAUCCCCACGGUCUCAGGACAGAUCGACAACACGAUGUUCAUCAACAAGAUGAAGGAUCAGCUGCUGCCUGAGAAGGGCUGUGGGCUGGCCGCCCCCCACUACCCCACCUUGCUGACCGUGCCUGCCUCGGUGUCCCUGCCCUCGGGCAUCAGCAUGGACACCGAGUCCAAGUCAGACCAGCUGCCCCCGCAGAGCCAGCCGUCCGUGACCCAGAACAUCACCGUGGUCCCCGUGCCGUCCACCGGGCUGAUGACUGCCGGAGUCUCCUGCUCUCAGAGGUGGAGAAGAGAAGGGAGUCAAUCACGGGGUCCUGGUUUGGUAAUCACGUCCCCCUCAGGCUCCCUAGUGACCACAGCCUCGUCCGCUCAGACCUUCCCCAUUUCGGCUCCCAUGAUUGUCUCAGCCCUCCCCCCUGGCUCACAAGCCCUGCAGGUGGUCCCCGACCUCUCCAAGAAGGUGGCCGCCACCCUCACGGAGGAAGGUGGCGGCGGCGGCGGUGGCGGUGGUGGCGGCGGUGGCGGUGGCGGUGGCGGCGGCAGUAAUAAUGUGGCCCCCAAGCCCCCCCGCGGCCGGAAGAAGAAGCGGAUGCUGGAGUCGGGGCUGCCCGAGAUGAGCGACCCUUACGUCCUCUCCCCGGAGGAUGACGACGACCACCAGAAGGACGGCAAGACCUAUAGGGGCGAAGGGAACUGCGGCACAGGAAAUGGACAGAGCCCUGGGCUCAUGGAUUCAGUUCCCGGCUCCACCACGAACUUGCUGUGUGACCCUGGGUGCCGGAUGUGCUCCCUGACGUUCUACUCGAAGUCGGAGAUGCAGAUCCACUCCAAGUCCCACACGGAGACCAAGCCCCACAAGUGCCCACAUUGUUCCAAGACCUUCGCCAACAGCUCCUACCUGGCCCAGCACAUCCGCAUCCACUCGGGGGCCAAGCCCUACAACUGCAACUUCUGCGAGAAGUCCUUCCGCCAGCUCUCCCACCUCCAGCAGCACACCCGGAUCCACUCCAAGAUGCACACGGAGACCAUCAAGCCCCACAAGUGCCCGCACUGCUCUAAGACCUUCGCCAACACCUCCUACCUGGCCCAGCACCUCCGUAUCCACUCGGGGGCCAAGCCCUACAACUGUUCGUACUGCCAGAAGGCCUUCCGCCAGCUCUCCCACCUCCAGCAGCACACACGAAUCCACACUGGGGAUCGACCGUACAAAUGCGCCCACCCUGGCUGUGAGAAAGCCUUCACCCAGCUCUCCAACCUGCAGUCCCACAGACGGCAGCACAACAAAGACAAACCCUUCAAGUGCCACAAUUGUCAUCGGGCGUACACAGACGCGGCCUCGCUCGAGGUUCACUUAUCUACGCAUACGGUGAAGCAUGCCAAGGUGUACACCUGCACCAUCUGUAGUCGGGCAUACACGUCGGAAACGUACCUUAUGAAACACAUGCGCAAACACAACCCUCCUGAUCUCCAGCAGCAAGUGCAGGCGGCGGCGGCGGCAGCAGCAGUGGCCCAGGCCCAGGCCCAGGCCCAGGCUCAGGCUCAGGCUCAGGCCCAGGCUCAGGCCCAGGCCCAGGCCUCGCAGGCGUCCCAGCAGCAGCAGCAGCAGCAGCCGCCCCAGCCGCCCCAGCCACCGCACUUCCAGCCCCCCGGGGCCGCCCCCCAGGGUGGGGGCGGGGGGGACAGCAACCCCAACCCUCCGCCCCAGUGUUCUUUCGACCUGACCCCGUACAAGACGGCGGAGCACCACAAGGACAUCUGCCUGACCGUCACCACCAGCACCAUCCAGGUGGAGCACCUGGCCAGCUCCUAGGCCCCCCGGCCGCGGGCGGAAACGCUCUGGCCCCUCUUCCUCGCCUCCCUCGCCUCGGCUGCCCACCCAGGAUACCGCCCUCGUUCUCGGCCCUUCGGAAGGAACCUCCGCCGAGCGGGGCGCGCCAUCCCAAGCAGAGCUUUCUCCAAGCAAACGGAAUCACGGGGGUUCGGUGCUCAGGGGAGGGGUUUGCUACGACCUCAGAGAAACUCCCAGUGUGGGCACUUCCCCUCUCCUUACCCUCAGAAUCCCCCGCACGUCUGGGCUGAGAGAAGACGAGAGGCGGCGGGCCCCGUGUCCGGCCCGCGUGGCCCAGGCGCCGGGCGCCGUUUUCUUUCCCUCCACGGUCUCACUUCAUUUCCUACCUGUCGCUGAGAGGAGAUCCCCGGGGCGGGGGUCCUCGGACCUCCUUUGUUUGUGAGGGCCAAGGGCGGAGAUGGCCGGGGCUGGCCUGGGAAGGAGGGCUCGCGGGUCUCCCCAAAGCCUCGCCCCUUCUCUGCCCACCCAGGCCCGGGCCGGGCUCUCUGCCCCUUGCCCACACCCGAGGGGCCGGGGGACCUCCGUGUCCUUUCGGGAACCCCACGACAAGGGCGUUCCAGAGAAGGGAGAGUUCAGGGCAAACACAAGGACUGGACUUUGCUCAUAGGUGCCACGGUCAGUUGCCGGACAUGGAUUUAUAUAUAAAUAUAUAUAUAUAAAUAUAUAUAUACCCACUCAUCACGGCCAUCUUUGUUGUAACCAUUUCUGUGUUUAUAAAUGCAUUAUCUGAGAAUUUUCAUAUUUGAUGUUUAUUUUUGUCUUUUUUUUUUUAAUUUUUUUUCCCCCCCACCCUGUCUUCUGGCCAAUGGCAUUUUUAUUUUCUUUUGUCCUUUUUUUUUUUAAAUCAUGACAGAUUUCAGAGCAAACAGAAAAGGGGGCGGGGAGGACCCACCAGGAAACCAGUUGUUAUAAACCAAUUUAAAACGAAGAAAAAAAAGAAGAAAAACUUAUGUACAAACAAAGGGGUGUUUUUAGAACCUUGUAUAGAAAUAAAUUCGUGUAAAAGGA